AUGCUAGCAUACGAUGCUCCUGCAGAUUCUCUGGAUGAGUGCCUCCGGCUAGGGGAGAGCACCAUCAUUGAGAGCAUGAGACGGUUUGUUUGUGUUGUCGUCGAGGUGUUCGACGAUGAGUACCUCCAUGCUCCGAACGAGGAGGACAUUGCUCGCUUGCUUGCUAUCAACGAGCGAAGAGGGUUCCUCGGGAUGCUGGGAAGCAUUGACUGCAUGCAUUGGAGGUGGAAGAACUAUCCGACGGUGUGGUCGGGUUCUUUCACCGGCCAUGUCAAUGCACCGACGAUCAUUCUAGAGGCAGUGGCAUCGCAGGACCUGUGGAUUUGGCAAGCCUUCUUUGGCAUGCCAGGUUCUCUGAACGACACCAACAUGCUGCAUCGUUCACAUCUCCUCAACAAUCUUGCCACUGGCGAGGCACCCAAGGUACAAUACUCCAUUAAUGGACACCAUUACACCAUGGGGUACUACCUUGCAGACGACAUAUAUCCAAAGUGGGCAACGUUCGUGAAGCCCAUACGAUCUCCAGUUGGGAGGAAGCGACAACACUUCGUGGUUCAAUAG